AUCGUACUAAAACAAUGCUGCUUGAGCCGGUUCUCUUGUUUGUUUAUCUUGUCAGAUUGUUUUGCUGUUUCAAAGGUUCAUUGUGAAUAUUUGUCUGUGAAUUAACUGUGAUCAAAUAAUUUUUACUUCAUGGAGCUGAAAAAAGAGAACUUGAAUAAUUUUUACUCCUGCAUAGAAUAUCCUGGAAUUGUUAAAAAUGUUGACAAAGCUCUUGAAACUUUAGGUGGAACAUCAGAAAUUUCUAAGGUUUGUUCCAAAACAAAUAGGAGAUUGGAAUUGAGAUUUCGUCCCAAUGAUGUUUUUUGCAAACCAGCUUGUGGAGAUCGGUAUAAAACUAAUGGGAUAAUUUUGAAGAUCAAAGUUGUUAAGAGAAAAUCAGAAAAUGGAGAAGAAAUAGGGCUCAUUAAGAAUUGUGAAAUAUUAGGAAGAGUUACAACUUCCUUUAAAUUUAAAAGUAUAUGUGAUUUCCAGUUUUUACCAAUGAUGAAAAUGCCUGAUGGAUGUUUAGAAGAUAUUUCAGAAUCACUUCUUCCUAAACGUGUUGAUGGUGAUCAUCUAAGACAGUGGUUAGGAAGUCCAGCAAGUUAUUUUCUACCUCCUGCUGCAUUUUCUCGCAUUGAUUCUCAGUCUUUAAAUACUUACAUGUUUCGAAGGGAUACAAAAGAUAAAAAUGACCAAGCAACAGGUUCAUUAAUUGGAAGAACCAGAAAGCGACGAUCUGGACAUGCUGUAUUUGUAUCUUUUAAUAUUCCCAAAGUUCCAACGAAGCCCCGAGAAAAGGCAAUAAAAUUCCUAGAAGUUAAAUUUCUUAAUGGUCAACAGUUGGAAAUAAUUAAAAAAUGUUUCGAAGAGAGACCUAUAUGGUCAAAACUUGCAUUGAUGUGUGUUACAUCGUUUCAACAUGAUCAAUUAAAGUAUCUUCUACCAGUAGUUGCAUACUAUUUUGUCACUGGACCUUUUAGAGUUAUGUGGGUCAGGUUUGGUUAUGACCCUAGAAAAGAUCCUAAUUCAAGAAUAUAUCAAACACUGGAUUAUAGAAUUCGUGCACCAGCUGGCUUAUUAAGUUUAGUUAAAGCAAAAAGGAGUGAUGCCAAUUAUUUGCUACCCUCAAAAUCUACUCAUACGGUUGCCAAAUCAGUUGUUAUCACAAAAGAUGUAGAAGCAAUUGAGCAAUCUGGUGUUGUUGAUGGAAGAAUUAAAAAGGAUUCAUAUAUUUAUCAACCAAAUUGUCUACCACCUGCAAGGCAAAUGUUUUAUCAGUAUUGUGAUAUUAAAGUUGCUGAAAUAGAAGCUAUGUUAGGACGGUUGCCUAAAGUAGUAAAUAAUGCAGUGUGUGACUUGAAACAUGGAUGGUUACCUUCUGGAUUUGAUAAUCAGUGCAGAGAUAUUAUUAAUAUUUAUGUUACCAAGCAACUAAACAAAGCUGCCUUGGCUGUUGGAUCCAGCUCAUUAAUUAAAGAGGAAGCUGGUGCAGACGAUUCUACUGAUAAUGAAGAUCAUUGGGAAGAAGAAUUUGAUGAAGAAGAAGUUGAUGAAAGCGAUGAAGCCUAAUAUUUGACAUGUAUUUCUUGAUUAACAUUCCAAAACUUUUGUUAAAUAUUUUCAUUGUUUAUUAUUUUAUUGACUGUAAAUAUUUUAAUAGAAAUUAAUUAUAUUUAUUCAGUUUUCAUAACUGAUGGAUUUUUAAUACUCAAUUUGUAAAUACAAUUUAUAUUUUAUGAUCGUUUUA